CGCUGAUCCUUAACGUUGACAUUGACCCCUUGUUUGUGCUCGCCAAUCUCAGGCUUAAUUUAGGGUGAGACAAGAUGACGAUGAUGUAGUGGGAGAGGCUGUGCUGUGCUGGCCUCGCUGCUUAACUCUCACUUCUUACCAACUUUUCUGUGCGCGCUUUCGCGACCGGUCGCUUUUCCUUGAGUCUACAAGUUUCUUCUGCGUUUCUGCGCGUCUUCGCGAAAUAUACCCACUUGACGUUCCUUUAGCGUGUCCUAAGAUUUGCAGAGAACAUGUCGAUCGAUACGGGGAGCAAUUGUACGUUCGUGCCGGACACGGUAUAUACAGAUGCUGGAGUUGCGGGCGCUGGUACCCUCCUCUCCUUCAUCAUAACCAACUUCCUCUCCCUUCUCCUCAGCGCUGUCAUCAUCCUUCUCGGCCUGCGCAAAUCCACCUCGGCGCCGUUAUUGCGCAAGCUUCUCCUCUCCUUCUCCGACCAGCAGAUCAUCACGGGUAUCGGCAUCCAAUCCAUCGGGCUCGCAAAAAUGAAGACCAUGGUUCCAUACCACUUCUUCAUCAUCUGGCUACUGUCCCUGCUUUCAACCGCGACGAACAUGGCGACAUUGCUAGCGCUCGUCAACGACUUCAAGCGCGAUUGGGUGCUCAGAUGGUUGCGGCAAUUCUUCAUGUUCAUCAACACCCUGCUAAGCGUUUUGUCUUCCAUUUUUAUUUUGCAGUCCGUCAUGAAAAAUCUCGAGCCCCGGUUACCAAUCGGCUGCGUCUGGGAAGUUGCAGACCGCGGUACGCCCUCCAACGCCGGGCUCUCCAUCGCCGGAACGAUCGCCGUCAUCGCGGGCAAUGUCAUCGUUUUCAUACUGUCAACCUGGUACCUGCACAACAGGACCAACCCGCGCUGGCUCAAAUCCGUGCAGGUCGUCGGGCUCAUCAUGCUCACGGCGAUGGGAAUCGGCGCAACUGUGCGAGUUGUUAUGGUGAGCCAGGCGUUUGGCACGGUGCCCCAGGGCGUGAAUCUCGUGGGGCCGAGCGAGAGCUCGUGGAGCUAUGGACAGUUGUUGCCGUUGUUGCUGUUAGUGCUGCCAGGGAUUAGUAUGCUGGAGGUCGUGAGGGGCGAGACCAGAACACCCCCGAGUAAGGUAGACGAUGAGCAGGGGGAUCAGGUGGGCUUGUUGAGUGAUACUGAGUUGCAGGGGAUGACAUAUCAGCCAAAUCCACUUUGGGGGAAGCGGUGAGCGGCUGAGGAGGUUGAGAGAAUCUGAUUUGACAUGAGGAUGGAUUGAGGAAGGACCAGGGCUUUUGAAAGAGAGUCGGAUAUUCAAGAAUAAGGGGCCCUAGGUAUUCAAGGCUCUGAAGGCCUCCUGGACUGGGGAUGCCGAGGCACUAGACGGUAGCCCGGGCACGCUUCAAGAGAAGGACAGGCCCGAGGAAGACGGGUGACAUUGUAGACGCGAAGAUAUCAAGAUCGCACACUGAGUUGGCCUUCUAAGAGUAUGCUAGACCAGUCCUGAGUAGUAGGUCAUUUGUUGGCUUCAGAUAUUUGAACAGCGCAUAUUUCUCCU